GGACUGAUUCAAACGGUGCACACAUCUCGAAGAGGCAUGUGAGAACGCAAAUUAACUAUAACAAUUUAAAAAACAUUAUUAACAUUUAAAGUACAGCCUGUUCGCUGUUAAAUGAAAUGACUUUGAGUUUAAGGCAAUGACAUGGUGGACUUAUUAUUUGACGUUUCGUAAACAUUAGCAUGUAGCAUGCAGUCACUGGCAUUUUGCUCGUUGUUGACCUUGCGAUAAUUUCAGUAGACAGUCCGACACGAACGUUGAAUCACUCGGCUAAGCAAAAUAUGUAAUCGGUAAUUAGUAACAGUGUCUUGAUUAUGUGAACGCACUCACAAUCUUGGUGGACAAUGUCUCUGUGGUUGACGCAAGAGGCCAUGAGGCGGUCUCUACGCUCCUGCAUCUUUUCGGUCAAAUACUGCAGCUCUAUAGCGGCAAUUUCGGGCAAGAACUCAUGUUCCUCCAAACAACGGUUGGCACACAUUCGUGGCACAAGGCAAAUCAAUUCAUGGCGGCUUUCUAGUUUAAAAAGUUCCGUGAGGUUUCAUUCGCAGGAUGCCAAUUUGGGAUCAGAGGAAACUAACUUUGGCCCGACCCCAGUGGCGGAGUCCUUAGUUCUGGAUGAGAUACACCACCCCUUAGGCCAGAGUCAGAGAGGGUCCCCUUUCUUUGAGCUCCUGCUGCACUGUGGCUCUCCAUCAGAUGUGCUUGACCUCAGCCAACAACAUCCGCCCACCCCUCAACAACUGAGCAACUGCCUCACACAUAUGUGGGCCAGCAUCAAGAAGAUGUCGGAUGAGCAGAGGCGAUGUGAGCUGCAGCUGAUGUUCGAGCAUCCUGCAUUUGACCAGCUGUUGCAAAACGUCAUGGCCAAUGUAGGGUCCAUGCAAUGUGAAGACAUGGCAUACUCUCUGUUGGCUAUGGUGAAUCUCGGUGUGCCUCAAAGGAGCCGUGUGGUCCAGCUGUAUCUCCGUGCCUGUCAGGAGAAGUUGAAUGACUUUGAUGAGAAGAGUCUAUCCAUUUUGGCCUCCUGUCUGGCACAUAUGGAGAGCACCCCCAAUGUUGAUGCACUGAAACACGGCUUGAGGCUGGUGGUUGAGGAGCACCUUCCCAGGAUAAAGAAUGUCGUGGCGCUCCAGACCGUGAUGCGCCUCUUGGGGAAAGAUAUGUCGCUUGACCUCAAACGGAAACUUGAGCAAAAGGCCUUAUCGAUGAUAGAGCGGUUCACCCUUCCCAAUGCACAGUACAUGAUCUCCACCAUGGCCAAGAUGGGCUUCUAUUCCAAACCGCUGCUGGAUAUCUGCAGUCAGAGAAUUACUGAUAAUCUCCAUGGAGUCCCAUUUAACCGACUGUUAAAAGUGCUGUUGGCAUGUCGAGAGCUGCGCUACAGAGACUUUAGCCUGCUCACUGGCAUCUCGGACUACAUUGCCUCCACAUUCGACAUAUGGAGCCAAAAGGAGGUUGUCCUCUUCCUCUCAGUGUUUGAGAGCCUUGCCUUUUGUCCCACUCCACUGAUGGCGGCAUUUGCCCAAAGAGUCAUCACCAAUCCAGAUACUCUGAGUCUUAAAGACCUUCUCUGUGUCCUCAAUGUGUACGCGUCCCUCAACUAUUGCGUGCAGCAUAACAGAGAGCAGUUUCUGCAGAGUCUCAGCAAAACUCUGGACUUCUACCUGCCCAGGAUAUCUAGUUAUGAACUGUUAAAGGCUUGUUCUUGUCUGUGCCUUCUUGGCCACUUCCCAUCCUUGCCACUGGAGAAACUCCUCCAGGGUAUCACCCUGGAGGAGCUGAGUAGCAGAGCAGCAAUGUAUCCCAGGAGACAGGAGCAAAUGUUUCAGACAGUGCACCUAUGCCUCCAUCUUGAUCAGCCUGUCCUCCCUCGGCCUCUGAGUGUCCCCGCAACAAUGCUGGGAGAAGUGACAUCCAGCGGUCCGCCCGUCAAUCAGCAUCUCUUGCAGCUCCUGCGAAGGUUGUUGUCCGACCAAGCAGAUGUAGCGCUACAGGAAAUGGUGGUUGUGGAGAACUUCCACUUCAUAGAUGGCGUGAUAACCAAACUUGGGGCAAACCAAACCCCCAGUGAAGAAACACAAGCACAAAGAAUGGCAGUUCUUUGUCCGCCUUCCUCUGCUUUCUGCUUUGGGACAUCUCAACCCCGAGGUCUGCUGGCUGUCAAACUUCGCCAUCUAGAGAUUUUAGGGUAUAUUCCAAUUAUGAUAACAGAACAGGAGCUGAAGUCUGAAGAGAAGGCCACGCAACUCCUCACAGCACGAAUCUUUCCGGAAAGGCCAGCCCCAUGUAUGACAAUCAGUAUCUGAUCAUCUGUGCCACUGACACGAAGGUUGAAGGUUUGAAACCUCAGCCCAGAUGACCUGUGAAUAUGCUACCAAUUGCAGUUUAACCCAUUAGUGCAUUUGUACAAUCUCCAAUUCCAAAGAAGUUGAAACCUGAACAAAAUACGGACAAAAUGCAGACCGCUUGACUGUUGAGCAACUGAAAUUGUACAUCAAGCAAGAAAGGGAAAGAAUUCCACCGACAAAGCUUCAACAAUUCAUGUCCCCAGUUACCAAACACUGAUUGAAUGUUGUUAAAAGGAAAGGAGAUGUAACACCGUGGUAAACGUGCCCCUGUCGCAGCUUUUUUUGGAUCGUGUUGCAGGCAUCAAAUUCAAAAUAAGUGACUAUUUGGGGGAGGGGGCAAAUCACAGUAUGAACAUUAAAUACCUUAUAUUUGGUGUAUUCAAUUGAAUACUGUAUAGGUUGAAAAGAAUUUGCAAAUCAUUGUCAAGCCAUCCAUCACAGGUCUCGAGACAAACUUUUUGCACUGGUUGGUCUUGUGCGCCCAACUUUUCUUCUUUGGUAAAUUAGCACAAAAGUUAGGUGCACCCAAUUUUCCCUUUGCGUCGCAUUCAACGCCAUAGUUUUAUAGGUUCACCCAUUUUUUGGGACGAAAUUGCUGCAAAUAUUAAACAUUUAAUACAAUGGUAU